UCCGUUGUCAUUUUGAAGACAAUCGAAACUGAAAAAGCAAUUAGGGUUUUUCAAUGAAAAAAUAAAGACUCCCGCUCGUCUUUCACUGCUGUAAAGCCAUUUCAAGGCCUUCGCCUCUACUCUCUCUCUCCAGGUACCGGCGUUGCCCUUCUCUCUCUCUCUCUCUAGCGCCUUACGAAGAAGCAGGAGUAUCAUCUCCGUUUCAGAAAAUCACGUUGUUUUUGCGAUUGAAGACCAGGUUCUCCUUCUACCUUGUGAGAUUUUUACUUUUAGAUAUUUUACACGAUUUCACACCAUUUGCAGUCAAUAAACCCUAGAAACUCCAUCAGAGGUUUUACAAAAUCACAUACAUUCAUCACGGAAGUUAGUAUUUUUGCAUAUAGGUGCUGUAUCGUUCUUCUUCUAUGGAUUACACACCGGAAACCUUAGAAACCCUAUCCCAAUGCUUUAUCCAGACCCUGUCUCCACAACGUCAACCUCGACGCCAGGCUGAAUCUUUUCUCCAACAAGCUUCAGAGCAGCCUGGGUAUGGUAUUGCAGUUCUUAGACUCAUUGCUGAGCCUACUGUUCCACCUGAAGUCAAACACGCUGCUUCUGUGAACUUCAAGAAUCAUGUUCGCCUCCGAUGGGCUUCUCGUGAACCUGAAACACUAGCUUCUCCUAUCACUGAACUGGAGAGAAACCAGAUCAAAACUCUGAUUGUCUCUCUCAUGCUCAAUUCACCACCCUUGAUCCAGAGCCAGUUAUCUGAAGCCCUAGCCAUUAUCAGUGAGCAUGAUUUCCCCAAAUCAUGGCAAACCCUACUCCCUGAGCUUGUCUCUACUCUACGCCAGGCUACUGAUUAUUCUGUUAUCAAUGGAAUUCUCCGAACGUCGAAUUCGAUUUUUAAGAAGUUUAGGUUUCAGUACAAAACCAACGAUUUGCUCCUGGAUUUAAAGUAUUGCUUGGAUGGUUUUGCUGCUCCCCUUCUGGAGAUUUUCCUUAAGACUGGGCAGCUCAUAGCAGGAAACCCUAAUUCUGCCGAUGUCCUUUGCCCCUUGUUCGAGUGCCAAAGACUGUGUUGUCGUAUUUUCUACUCGUUAAAUUUCCAGGAACUGCCUGAAUUCUUUGAAGAUCACAUGGUGGAGUGGAUGGGGGACUUCAGGAAUUAUUUGACAACUUCUUAUCCAGCUCUUGAAGAAACUGAGAAGAACAAAGAAGGGCUUGUUGAUGCUUUAAGGGCUGCAAUUUGUGAGAAUAUAAGCCUUUACAUGGAAAAGAAUGAAGAGGAGUUUCAGGGUUAUUUGAAGGAUUUUGCUUCCGCUGUUUGGAGCUUGCUAAUGACUGUUUCGCCCUCAUCCUCGAGGGAUAGGCUUGCUGUAACUGCUAUUAAGUUCUUAACCACAGUUACCAAGAGCGUGCACCAUGUUCUUUUCUCAAGCACUGAAACUUUGCAGCAAAUUUGUCAGAGUAUUGUGAUCCCUAACGUUCGAAUAAGAGACGACGAUGAGGAGCUUUUUGAGAUGAAUUACGUUGAGUACAUUAGGAGAGAUAUUGAGGGGAGUGAUUUUGAUACGAGGAGGAGGAUUGCUUGUGAGUUAGUUAAAGGGCUUGGAACAAAUUACAGAGAGCAAGUUAUGUCCAUGAUGUCAAUUAUUAUACAGAACUUGAUGGCAAAUUAUGCUGUUAAUCCAAAGCAGAAUUGGAAAGACAAGGAUUGUGCUAUAUAUUUGGUGACUUCCCUUUCGGUUAAGCAGGGUCUGGGGAAAUGGGUAAGCAGUGAUUUGGUCGAUGUUCCUAGUUUCUUCAGUUCUUUUAUUGUUCCUGAGCUGCAGAGCCAAGAUUUGAAUGAUCAGCCCAUUUUGAAGGCUGAUGCUUUAAAGUUCUUUACCACAUUUAUUCCUCAGAUAACAAAGCCAGUUGCGCUAACUCUGAUGCCCAACUUGAUCCAAUUACUUGGAUCAGAGUCAAAUGUUGUGCAUUCUUAUGCAGCUAUUUGCAUUGAGAAGCUUUUGCUUGUUAAGGAUGAAGGUCACGCUCGAUAUUUAUCCGUGGAUAUUAACCCUUUUGUGCCUAUGCUGAUGACCAACCUGUUUAAUGCUCUCAAGCUUCUUGAUUCACAAGAGAAUUCUUAUGUGAUGAAGUGUGUGAUGAGGGUUUUUGGUGUGGCUGAUAUUACCCAGGAGAUUGCUGCUGCUUGUAUAAAUGGAUUGGCAUCGGUUCUCUCUGAGGUUUGUAAGAACCCAAAGAACCCAACCUUCAACCAUUACUUGUUUGAAUCGGUUGCGGCCUUGGUCCGGAAAGGUUGUGAAAGGGACCCAAAUAUGAUCCCAGUCUUUGAAGCUGGACUCUUCCCAAUCUUGCAGGCUAUAAUGGUGGAAGAUGUCAUGGAAUUCUUACCUUAUGUGUUUCAGAUUUUGGCUCAGCUUAUAGAAUUGAAUAGGCCCCCGCUUUCUGGUAAUUAUAUGCCAAUUUUUGAGAUAAUUCUCUCUCCCGAGUCUUGGAGAAGGUCGGGCAAUGUUCCUGCACUUGUGAGGUUGUUGCAAGCAUAUUUGCAGAAGGCCCCGCAAGAGCUUAACCGAGAGGGAAGGCUUACACAGGUGCUUGGGAUUUUCGAAAGGUUGGUCUCAGCAUCGAGCACAGAUGAGCUUGGUUUCUACGUUCUCAACACUGUGGUCGAAAAUCUCAGUUAUGAAGUUAUAUCUCCUUACUUGGUUCCCAUUUGGACUGCACUGUUUACAAGGCUGCAGAAACAUAAGACUGUGAAGUUCCUGAAAUCGCUGGUUAUCUUCAUGUCUCUGUUCUUGGUGAAGCAUGGGCAUGAGGCACUGGUGAGUUCGAUAAAUUUGGUGCAACCCAACCUCUUUGGGGUAAUUCUAGAGCAGUUUGGGAUACCCAAUUUGAAAUUGAUCACUGGAACACUUGAAAUGAAGUUGACAUCGGUUGCAUCGACAAGGCUUCUUUGUGAGUCCCCAGUCCUGUUGCAUGACUCGGCUGCCGAGACAUGGGGGAAGAUGCUUGAUAGCAUUGUGACGCUUCUUGCUCGGCCCGAGCAAGAUAGGGUGACCGACGAUGUCGAAGUGCCCAAUAUUGAAGAGACGGUGGGUUAUACAUCGACAUUUGCUCAAUUGUACAAUGCUGGGAAGAAAGAGGAGGACCCUGUGAAAGAUAUAAAGGACGUGAAAGAAUAUUUAGUGACUUCACUUGCAAGGCUUUCAUCUCUUUACCCUGGGAAAUAUCCUGCAAUUAUACAGAGGUCUUUGGAUCAAUCAAAUCAGGUUGCACUAAAAGAGUUAUGUGAUACAUACAAAUGCGCCAUAGUCUGAGUAAUUUAAAGCUGGACAUUGCACAAGACAACACUCCAGUUGCUGUUGGGUUUUUUGGAUUUGCAUUCUCUCGCUUGAUUUUGUGGUCCUAUCAAGUUCUGUAGAGGGAAGGUAUGCUUUUGCACCAAUGGAGGGCCCUUGCCAGUUGUUAUAGUAGCAUGCGUAUACAUGUGCUUGCUAUGUUGCAAGCUGAGGUGGUUGGGUGCAAUGCAUGUUUACUGUUAGAGGGCUAUUGUAGAGUUGGGUUCACAGAAGAACUCGAAAAUCGGCCGUGAUCGUGUGAAAUUGGUAUACCUUCAGGAUACCUUGUCUGCAUUUUGGUUCCAAAGUAGUCAAUCUUAAGGCAUGAUUUUGUUAUGGGCUUUUCAUAAUUUUUGUGUUUUCCUCUGUGAUUCGUCGAUUGUAAGGCCAUUUUGUGAGUUAUUGUAGUCCCAUCCUCUCUCUCGUCCA